UUAGCUGUAUCUAAAUGCCAUACACGUACUUGGCAUGCAUAUGUAGUGAUCUUAAUUUAAAUAUUUUAUGUAUAAUUGAGACAAAAAUUUCAUCAGAUUGAUAAUUUCUUUAAGUAUAUGUAUUAUUUUGGAAUUUUAAGAGAUGUUAUUCAGACAAAUUACAGCCCAAGAACGCUUAUUUUCACCGGUUGGAUGUGGUUCCUCAUCCUGACCAACAGAGGGCGUUCUGAUUCCACUUGACAAAUCCCGACCGUUUCAGCCAGAAGAAGAGUAGUUGCGGGAAAACUGAAGGCAAUUAAUAAUAAUAAUAAUAAUAAAUCAAAAUGAAAACCCCCAAAUCCACCGAUGUCCGGAAAGGGAUCGCUGACCUUUGGGAGACUCUGCAGUGCCCCAUAUGUUUGGAUUUAAUGGCGCUGCCAGUAUCUACACAGUGUGAUCACAAGUUUUGCAAGUUUUGCAUGAUGAAACUUUUGGACACUUCCAAACAAAACACGGCCAACUGCCCUGUCUGUAAAACCAAGGUUACUAGAAGGAGCUUGAGAGAAAGUCCCAGUUUUCAGAAACUUGUCACAGGAUUGCAGGACAUUAUACAGGCGUAUGAGCGCGACACCGGAACAAACUAUUUCACUGGUUUGACCUGCCAGAAGAAACCCUCCAGUUUAUCUGGAGAAAGUCCUGGUCAAAACACUGAUGUGGAAAAUGGAGGCGGAGAUACUUCACGUUCUCAUUCUUCAACUAUUGCAGCUCAGAGUGAUUUUGCAAAACUGAUGGGACUUGAAGACUCGGCUCCCUUAGCAACAGAGAAUGAGUGUCUGGACAGCGGCCUCGGCGACGCGCCACCGACCAACGACAGGAAACUGUCCAGCCCUGCAGACAGUUGUGAACCAGCAGCUACUGUCAGGAAGGUCGCGUUACCACACAAAACCAGGAGGAAGAAGAGACCUUCCAACCUGGAGAAAGCUUCCUCUGAUCAAGAGUCAGCCCAAGAUGAAGCAAGAAAGUCUUCAAGGAAAAAGAAGAGAAACGAUCUGGAACCGGAUCAAGUUCUGGAGGAGAAGAAGAAGAAAAGCCUGGAGAAGGUCGCGGAGUGGCUCCUGAAAGUACCCGUAGAUGAAGAGAAACCUCCGGAAAAAGCCGAGGACUCCGACAGCGCUUCGUCUGCAUCGACGAUAGAUAUCAAAAUACACAAGUCUGAUCUGAAGAGAGAAGAUCGCACUAAAGCCCUGGAAGAUCAGGUGUUUGGAGCCGUCUACAGAAGAAGAGCAACCAAGUCCACCUCACCUUUGAGGAAGGAGCUUGAAAAAGACCAGCAGCAAAACUGUUUAGAAGCAGAAAUGGAGAAGAAGAGUUUAGAUGUUAACAUGGAAGAAUCCCUGCACAAAAACGAGAAAGAGGAAGGUGAAGUUCCCCAAACGGACGAAAAGACUCAGAGAAGUUCUCUGCAAGACUUGAAAAAGAAGAUAAAUCAAGCAAAAUCAGAAGAGAAAGUCGGGAGGAAAGGAAGGUUAAGAAAAAAACAACCUACUCUUGCUUUAGUUGGAGCUCACGAUGGAGGAACCGCCAGCCCAGAACAAGUCCAAGUACAGAUAGAAAAUUACCCGAGCAGCGAAGAUCAGGAAAUCCCUAUCAGGAGAAGAAGCGCAAGGACAAGUAAAAGACUCUUCAAAGCCACCAAGAAGCCCUCCGACUCCCUGAAAAGUGAGAGCGUGGCAAAAAGAAACGGAUGCGUCUACGAGCAAGAACUCAGCGGAAUUGAAAGUAUGGAAACUGCAGAGAAAACCUCCGUCCUGAAACCGGCAGAAGUACCGCAACUUCCGUUGGAAGCUGACGAAUCUGUGUUCCCGAAGUCUGCAAGUCCGACUGCAAUCGACCCAACUCUCGGAGAGGAGACGCCAAAGACCGGUCCUCUACUGGAAACGCCUGUCGGAGAACCACAGACGGAAAACGACAGUGAGCUGGACACGGAGCAGCUGCUCCGAAGCUUCAAAUCGACUAAAAGGAAAUCCUUCCACCUCGGCCCGCCGAACGUGAAGCGGAAUCGCUCGGACGAGGUCCACCGCGAGAAUCCGGAUGACCUCUCUCAGCAGCAGAAACCAGAAACGGAAAAAUCCUCCUGCAGUGAUUUGAUUUCUCCAUCGAUCUCACCCAUCCAGAUGGUCUCUGAAAAACAGGAUACGGAUGCUUUUGCCAGAAAGUGCACCUUAAGGAGUAGUCUGAGCAGUAACCUCAGUCCCAAUAAAGUGUCCAAGCGGGACAAGGAAAGCUCUCCUCUUUCUGUUGUCCCUCAGGUUGGAGAAUCCGGACUCGUCUUCAGAGCUGUUCAGCACGAGGAGAUGGCGGCUGAGCUUGAUGGUAGCGAUGCUAGCAAAGUGCCGGAGACGAGAGACGGAAGUCCAGAAAGUGAUCUACCCGGUACUACCAAACACUGCAUCCUUCCAGAGUACUCUCUAACCCCCGACGGCCUGCUGGACUCUGGGACGAUUGUUGCUGCUAGCGGAGACGUUAGCAUCCGUUCCCACGUGAAUGCUAAACGGAAAAGAGCUCAAAAGCUGGAGUCUUCAUCGGAAUCCAACAGCAGCGGAGCCGAAGAGGAGCUACCCACUUUGAAGGAGAUUAUUGGAACUGCAGCUGGAAACCGGAGAGAAGCUGACGGAUGUGAGGAAGCGGUGGAUCCUCCUGAGGAGGCGGCAGAACAGUGUCCCAGCCCCGACAGUCAAGCAUCUGUGGAUUUAUUCGGGACCCCCGAAGAAUGAUGGAUUUUCCAGGUGGAAAAGAUGCCAAAACUGUGACAUCCGAUGAAAAGGUGGCGACUGACACCGCCAUACAGAGUCACGGGGACGCCACAGAGACGGCCUCCAGGACGGUCCAGAAACGUCCGUCACCUCCAGACGGACAAGAUGACAAAGAGAACACCAGCCCUCCAAAAGCAGGAGCUAAAGGAAAGCUGGUGUUCGUUUCUUCUGGUUUGGGCCCCACUGAGCAGAUGAUGGUGAAAAAGUUCGCCAAGAGGGUUGGAGCGCGUGUGGUUUCCCAUGUGAGUCCAGAGGUGACUCAUGUCAUCAUGCGUACAGAUGAUGAGCUGGUCUGUGAGCGCACCCUAAAGUAUUUCCUUGGAAUUGCAGGCAGGAAGUGGGUCGUCAGCUUCCAGUCUGAAGACGAUAAUCUGCUGCUGAAGGGCUUCAAAAUCUGCAUCCAAGGAUCUUUUACAGACAUGGCAACAGAUGAAAUGGAGUGGAUGGUAGAACUCUGUGGAGCUACUGUAGUCAAAGACCCGCUGCUUUUUGACAGUAAACAGCCACAUCAACUCGUCAUCGUACAGCCGAGAUCAGAUGCAUCGUCUUCAACAUACAGCAAUCUCUCCAGAAAAGCUACGGUUCUGACCCGCGGGUGGCUCUUGGACACGGUCGCAACCUACUCUGUGCAGAACUACAAAAACUACACAAUAUAAGGAUCUGAAGAUCCUUCAACCUCCUCUUGAAUCCUUUUCUGAUUCGCUUUAUGUGUGUUUAUUGACAAAGCUGUAAUAUCUCUGUGUGUAUAAAAGUUAAUUGAAUUUCA